UCGACCCAACAUCACAGUCCCAACAACACCCCACCACGACCACGACCCACUCCGGCCAUCCACCCACGACCCCGACCCAACCACGAACCACCACGGACCAGAACGACCAGUGACCAGUGACCACCACCACAAACCACCACGGACCACCACAAAACGUCGCCACCACCACCACCCGUGAUCGUCGACACCGAACAGAGGCCAUCGCCACCACGAGCAGUACCCGUCGCCACCACCACCCGUGAUCAUUAAAAGGUAAUGUUUAUUUUUGAGAAAAAAAUACAUUUUUCAUAGAUUUGGAUGCCAAUUAUUGCAUGUUGUUGAGAUUAGUGGAUUUUGUGUAGCUUUUGUGAUCUUUAGGUUGUAGAUGUUAGUGUUUCAAUGAAAUCUGUGUAUAUUACAGGGUUGUCGAUGACAUGUCGAUAGGUUGUCGAUAGGAUGUCGAUAGAUUGAGUGUCUGUUUGAAUUUUGCUGUAAUUUGUAUGUCGAUAGGAUAUCGCUUGUAUGUCGAUAGGAUGUCGACUGGUAGUUUAAGUGUAUUUCUGCCCUAUAUUGUCGACGACUUGUCGACAGUAUGUCGAUGGUAUGUCGAUUAAAUUAACUUGUUGAUUGUUAGGUUGUAUUGUCGACUGAAUGUCGACAGUAUGUCGACAGUAUGUCGAUAUAUUGUGUAAUUGUUAUUUGAUUGAAUUGUCGACUGAAGGUCGACAGGAUGUCGAUAUUUUGUCGACAUAAAAGUAUUGUGUCUGCUUUUGAUAAUGUCGACAUAAUGUCGACGGUAUGUCGACAUAAUGUCGACAUGUUUUGAAAUUUUUGUGUACUUAUGGUUUGAUAAUGUCGACUGAAUAUCGACAUGAUGUCGAUGUUAUGUCGACCAUUUUUUAUUUUUUUGGCAGUUAUGUUGAUUUGUUUUUUGUUUUUUCAGAUGGCUCCCAGACUCAUCAUUCCAGCACCCGAGCAUUUUACUGGCCGCGUCACAUAUAGGGGCACUGGAAUUUUUGCAAAAAUCAAAGCUCGGUUUGAGGAGUUCAACCUUAAUAACACGGCGAAGGAAAGCCGUUUCGGGAACUUCUGGAAUGUCGUACCAUUGACCUUCUCCUCGGUGUUAUUUCACCAGCUGAUGCUCCACAAAAUGAAAGUGGAUGCUCAGGAGGAGUUGAGGAUGAGGUUUUAUGUUGGUCGGAAGGAGGUCCGAUUCGGGGUGCUGGAGUUUGCACUCAUUACGGGUUUGGACUUCUCCUCGGGGCCAACAGAAGAGGAGAAGGCUGCGCAGGUCGCGCGCUCGGGGUCAGACCGAUUGAUCAACAGAUAUUUCAACCGGUCUGAUAGUGUGAAGACAGAAGCACUCCAACUUCAGUUCACAAACUGCCAGAACCCGGAAGACUUGUACAAGCUCGGCUUGUGCUUGUUUGUGGAGUCAGUGCUUCUGGGCCGCGAGGCGAACGCGCUGAUUACGCCUCACAUACUUAGAUAUGUGGAAGACCUCGAGUUCUUCUUCCGGAUUCCUUGGGGGAAGCACUCAUUCGCCAGACUCAUGCACUCGCUUCAGAAAGACAUGUUGAAACAGAAGGCCAACUACGAGAAGAAGCUGAGUUCGGAUGUUCAGCACGAGUGCAAAUACACAGCAUAUGGCUUCGCACCUGCAGUACAAUAUUGGGCGUACGAGGCCAUUUUGGAGGUUGGGAAGAGGUAUGGCACGAACCACGGGAUUCGGUUCCCCAGGAUGCUUAGCUGGACGAGCAAAGGCGAUAUUGGGAAGAAAGACGUCAGUGCAUUAUUUUCUAGACGGAAUCUUGAAGUGGUGAAGGGGCUACUUCCACGGACAGAGGAGGAGGCAUUUGUGAGGACCAUAUCUUACGAUGGUGUGGAGAACCUGGUUGAUGAUGUUGUGGAUGACACAGAGGCUGAGGCAGGUAGUCAGGUACCAGAGACUCAGGUCCAAGAUACUCAGGAAACAGACACUCAGGUACCAAUUUUUGGAACUUUUUUUUAUGUCUUUAUUUUUUAUUGUUUUUGUUUUGUGAUAUUUGUUACAUUGUGGAAUUAUCGUAUGCUUACCGUAUCUUUUUGAUAUAUAUUUUUCAGGCCACUGGUUCAGAACCUCAGCCCAGUGCACCAUCGUCAUCAGGCGUUCAGGGUGCCGAGUACACUGAUUU